CCGUGGGUCCCCGUGCCGCAUGCGUCCGAGCCCCCGGCAGCACGAAGGCCACAUGGAGCUCCCGGAGGAGUCUGCUCCCGGGCCGGGAGGCGCGGACGCGGUGUCCGAGCGCCGUGGCCUGCGCCGCCUGCUGCUGUCCGGCUUCCAAGAGGAACUGCGGGCGCUGAUGGUCCUGGCGGGUCCUGCGUUCUUGGCCCAGCUGAUGAUGUUCCUGAUCAGCUUUGUAAGCUCAGUGUUCUGUGGCCACCUGGGCAAGCUGGAGCUGGACGCUGUCACCCUGGCAAUCGCGGUUAUCAAUGUCACUGGCAUUUCAGUGGGGCAUGGCCUAUCUUCCGCGUGUGACACCCUCAUCUCCCAGACAUUCGGGAGCCAGAACUUGAAGCACGUGGGGGUUAUCCUGCAGAGGGGCAUCCUCAUCCUGCUCCUCUGCUGCUUCCCUUGCUGGGCCCUCUUCAUCAACACUGAGCACAUUCUGCUGCUCUUCAGGCAGGACCCAGAGGUAUCCAGGCUCACCCAGACCUAUGUUAUGAUCUUCAUCCCAGCGCUUCCAGCAGCCUUCCUUUAUACGAUACAAGUUAAAUACUUGCUCAACCAGGGCAUUGUUCUGCCUCAGAUCGUGACGGGCAUCGCAGCCAACCUGAUCAAUGCCCUGGCCAACUAUGUGUUUCUCCAUCAGCUGCAUCUUGGGGUGAUGGGUUCAGCAAUGGCCAACACCAUCUCCCAGUAUGCCCUGGCCAUCCUCCUGUUCCUCUACAUCCUCUGGAGAAAACUACAUCGAGCCACCUGGGGAGGGUGGUCCUGGGAGUGUCUGCAGGACUGGGCCUCCUUCCUGCAACUGGCUGUGCCCAGCAUGCUCAUGCUGUGCAUCGAGUGGUGGGCCUAUGAGGUCGGCAGCUUCCUGAGCGGUAUCCUUGGCAUGGUGGAGUUGGGAGCCCAGUCCAUCACCUAUGAAUUGGCUAUCAUUGUAUACAUGAUCCCUGCAGGCUUCAGCGUGGCUGCCAACGUCCGGGUGGGAAAUGCGUUGGGUGCCGGAAACAUUGAACAGGCCAAGAAGUCCUCAGCAGUUUCCUUGAUAGUCACAGAGAUCUUUGCUGUGACCUUCUGUGCCCUGCUGCUAGGCUGUAAGGAUCUUGUGGGCUACAUUUUCACCACCGACCGAGACAUCGUGGCCUUGGUGGCUCAAGUGGUCCCCAUUUACGCUGUGUCCCACCUCUUUGAAAGUCUUGCUUGUACCUGUGGUGGUGUUCUGAGGGGCACUGGAAACCAGAAGGUUGGAGCCAUCGUUAACGCCAUCGGGUAUUAUGUGAUUGGCCUCCCCAUCGGGAUUGCGCUGAUGUUCGCAGCCAAGCUGGGAGUGAUAGGUCUGUGGUCAGGGAUCGUCAUCUGCAGUGUCUGUCAGACCCUAUGUUUUCUGGUUUUUAUUGCUCGGCUCAAUUGGAAACUCGCCUGUCAACAGGCUCAAGUACACGCCAAUUUGAAGGUAAAUGUGGCCCUGAACGGGAAUUCUGCUGUCUCUCAGGAGCCAGCUCACCCAGCCAGUCCUGAAAGCCAUGGCGAAAUCAUGAUGACGGAUCUCGAAAAAAAAGAUGAGACUCAGUUGGACCAGCAGACGAACCAGCAACAAGUUUUGCCCGUCCGCCCGAAGGACAGCCGUAAACUGUCUGGGAAACAGUUGGCGCUACGUCGAGGGCUCCUGAUCCUGGGAGUAGUAGUCGUCUUGGUGGGGGGGAUCUUAGUGAGAGUAUACGUCAGAAUUGAGUGAUGUGGAAGAGGCGAAGAUCAAGCCACACAGGGGUUCCUCAGUUUAUGAGAUUAACACCUGCCCAAUCCAACACAUACUGAAAACACUACAUCAGGACUGGGGGUGUUGCUGUGACAGACAAACACGUGCUUAGUGCGUUCAGGGCCCUCUAACAAGUAAGCUCUCUCUCUCUCUCUCUCUCUCUCUCUCUCUCUCUCUCUCU